GACAGGGAAGGAUGCUGGGCGACCGUCGACACCGAACAGGUUUACAUAUGCAGUUGGCCCUCUUGCUGCCAGAACACGACGAGGAUCACCAUCACGUGUUUGGCUGUGGGGGUGCUGGCCUUCUCUGCCGUGACUCUCCCGCACAGUUCGUUGGAGAGUAAAGAUUUGGCGGGUACCUCUUCUGAUGGCGUUAGGCCAGAGCUGAGAGCCGCCUACAACGCCACUAGCACCGUCCUCAAGUACCUCAUGGCCGUGGCCUGCCUCGCCAUACUGACGGAGAUAGCAGCUGUGGCGGCACAGAUUGCGGCUAGAUGCCUGGAACUGAAAGA